GACAAAAUGGCCAAGAUGGAGGCCAAGACAUCGCUUUUGGACAACAUGAUAGGGGUGGGAGAUAUGGUUCUUCUGGAGCCACUUGAUGAAGAUUCAUUCAUCAACAACCUGAAAAAACGCUUUGAUCACAACGAAGUAUAUACAUACAUUGGCAGCGUGGUGAUAUCAAUAAACCCCUACAGAUCUCUACCCAUUUAUUCUCCGGAGAAAGUGGAGGAAUACAGAAACCGAAACUUCUAUGAGCUCAGUCCUCACAUCUUUGCUCUGUCAGAUGAAGCUUACAGAUCGUUAAGGGACCAGGACAAAGACCAGUGCAUUCUUAUUACAGGAGAGAGUGGAGCUGGAAAAACAGAGGCCAGCAAACUUGUCAUGUCCUACGUAGCUGCUGUCUGUGGAAAAGGGGCCGAGGUCAACCAAGUAAAAGAGCAGCUUCUGCAGUCAAACCCCGUGCUCGAAGCUUUUGGAAAUGCCAAAACUGUGAGGAAUGACAACUCCUCUAGAUUUGGGAAAUACAUGGAUAUUGAGUUUGAUUUUAAAGGAGACCCGCUUGGAGGAGUUAUAAGCAAUUAUCUGCUAGAGAAGUCCCGUGUUGUUAAGCAACCAAGAGGUGAAAGAAACUUCCAUAUCUUCUAUCAGAUCCUGUCUGGGGCCUCAGAAGACUUCCUCUGCGAACUGAAGCUGGAGCGGGACUUCAGCCGAUACAACUACCUGGGGCUCGACUCUGCCCGCGUGAACGGGGUGGAUGAUGCUGCAAACUUCAGAACAGUGAGGAAUGCCAUGCAGAUUGUUGGUUUUAUGGAUCAUGAAACACAGUCUGUUUUUGAAGUGGUGGCAGCAGUUCUAAAAUUGGGAAAUAUUGAAUUUAAACCAGAAUCUCGAGUGAAUGGCUUAGAUGAAAGUAAAAUCAAGGAUAAAAAUGAACUGAAGGAGAUCUGUGAGCUGACAGGUAUAGACCAGUCAGUGCUGGAAAGAGCCUUCAGCUUCCGGACGGUUGAAGCCAAACAAGAAAAAGUUUCCACAACACUCAAUGUGGCUCAGGCUUAUUAUGCACGUGAUGCUUUGGCUAAGAAUUUGUACAGUCGACUGUUUUCGUGGCUGGUGACCAGGAUCAAUGAGAGCAUUAAGGCACAAACAAAAGUGAGAAAGAAGGUAAUGGGAGUGCUGGACAUCUAUGGCUUUGAAAUUUUUGAGAAUGCAGACAACAGCUUCGAGCAGUUCAUUAUCAACUACUGCAAUGAGAAGCUGCAGCAGAUCUUCAUUGAACUGACGCUCAAGGAAGAGCAGGAGGAAUACAUCCGAGAGGGGAUCGAAUGGACUCACAUUGAGUAUUUCAACAACGCUAUAAUUUGUGACCUAAUAGAAAAUAACCAAACGGGAAUUCUGGCCAUGCUCGACGAAGAGUGCCUGAGACCCGGGACCGUCACCGACGAGACCUUUCUGGAGAAGCUGAACCAAGUCUGCGCCACUCAUCAGCAUUUUGAGAGCAGGAUGAGCAAGUGCUCGCGCUUCCUCAACGACACCUCCUUGCCUCACAGCUGCUUUCGCAUCCAGCAUUACGCCGGCAAGGUGAUGUACCAGGUGGAAGGAUUUGUUGACAAAAACAAUGAUCUUCUGUACCGUGACCUCUCCCAGGCCAUGUGGAAGGCCAGUCACUCUCUUAUUAAAGCCUUGUUCCCAGAAGGAAACCCGGCCAAGAUCAACCUGAAGAGACCACCAACAGCAGGUUCACAAUUCAAGGCUUCAGUCGCCACCCUCAUGAAAAAUCUGCAGACGAAAAAUCCCAACUACAUUAGGUGCAUCAAGCCCAAUGACAAGAAGGCUGCCCACGUUUUCAACGAGGCCCUCGUGUGCCACCAGAUCCGGUACCUGGGGCUGCUGGAGAACGUGCGCGUGCGCCGCGCGGGCUACGCGUUCCGCCAGGCGUACGAGCCCUGCCUCGAGAGGUACAAAAUGCUCUGCAAGCAGACGUGGCCCCGCUGGAGAGGAGCAGCCAGGGCUGGUGUAGAGGUACUGUUUAAUGAAUUGGAAAUCCCUGAAGAAGAAUUUUCAUUUGGUAGAUCAAAGAUAUUCAUCCGCAACCCAAGAACACUCUUCAAGCUAGAGGAUCUGAGAAAGCGGCGCUUGGAGGACUUGGCCACUCUCAUUGAGAAGAUUUAUAGAGGCUGGAAGUGCCGCACACGCUUCUUGUUAAUGAAGAAGAGCCAGAUUGUGAUUGCCUCCUGGUACAGGAGAUAUGCACAACAGAAGAAGUAUCAGAAGACGAAGAGCUCAGCUAUUACGGUACAGUCGUACAUCCGAGGGUGGAAGGCUCGGAAGCUUCUCCGAGAGCUUAAGCACCAGAAACGUUGCAAUGAGGCGGCCACAAUCAUUGCUGCUUAUUGGCACGGCACCCAGGCGCGAAGGGAACUCAGACGACUGAAGGAGGAGGCUAGAAAUAAACAUGCUAUUGCUGUUGUUUGGGCUUACUGGCUUGGAUAUAAGGCUCGCAGGGAGCUGACCCGCUUGAAGGAGGCGGCUAGGCGCAGGCAUGCUGCUGCUGUCAUUUGGGCUUACUGGCUUGGACUGAAGGUCCGCAGAGAGUACAGGAAAUUCUUCAGAGCCAAUGCUGGAAGAAAAAUUUAUGAAUUUACCCUUCAGAGAAUUAUUCAAAAGUACUUCUUGGAAAUGAAGAAUAAGAUGCCUUCUCUAUCACCAAUAGAUAAGAACUGGCCAGCAAGACCUUACCUUUUCUUGGAUUCAACUCACAAGGAGCUAAAGAGGAUUUUCCAUCUGUGGAGGUGUAAAAAGUACAGAGACCAGUUCACAGAUCAACAGAAGCUUAUAUAUGAAGAAAAACUGGAAGCGAGUGAGCUUUUCAAGGAUAAAAAGGCUUUAUACCCAGCCAGCGUCGGGCAGCCCUUCCAAGGGGCCUACCUGGAAAUCAGCCAGAACCCCAAGUACAAAAAGCUCAAAGAUGCUGUGGACGAGAAGAUCAUCAUCGCCGAGGUCGUGAACAAAAUCAACAGGGCUAACGGCAAGGCCACAUCUAGGAUUUUCUUGCUAACAAAAAACAAUGUUCUCCUUGCGGAUCAGAAGUCUGGAAACAUCAAGUCAGAGGUUCCCCUGGGAGAUGUCACUAAAGUGUCCAUGAGCUCCCAAAACGACGGCUUCUUUGCGGUGCACCUCAAGGAGGGCUCCGGAGCAGCUGGCAAAGGGGAUUUCCUGCUCAGCAGCGAUCACCUGAUUGAGAUGGCCACCAAGCUCUACCGCACCACGCUCAGCCAAACCAAGCAGAAGCUCAACAUCGAGAUCUCUGAUGAGUUUCUGGUCCAGUUCAGACAGGAUAAAGUGUGCGUGAAGUUCAUCCAAGGCAGCCAGAAAAAUGGCAACAUCCCGACUUGCAAGCGAAAAAACAACCGGCUCCUCGAGGUGGCCGUCCCCUAAGCGCGGCGGCCGCUGUCCCCCCACGGACUCGUUCCUUUGUAGCAGUGCAAUUUUACAGGUUUGGGUUUGCCCGUUUGAUCCCUUUCUGAAGCUGCCGGGGGCGAGUAGCUUUGGAAAGCCUUGACUAAAUAUUUGAUCAAUUGACUUUCUAAC